GCGUUCUGCUCGCCAUUUUCCCAUCUUCUGAAGCCAGAAUCAGCCUAUUCUAGUGUCACCGUGUCAGUCAGCCCUGUCAGCUCACAAAAUCAUUCUUACCGGAGACAAAUUGAGCUCUUAAUUGAGUCACAGAUCGUUUCACCUCUGCUGGAGCUGCCACAAACAUGAACAUUUUCAGGCUAACCGGCGAUCUCUCCCACCUAGCAGCCAUCAUCAUCCUGCUGCUAAAAAUAUGGAAAACCAGGUCCUGUGCCGGCAUCUCUGGAAAGAGUCAGGUCCUGUUCGCCUUGGUGUUCACCACUCGCUACCUGGAUCUGCUCACCUCUUUCAUCUCUCUCUACAACACCACCAUGAAGAUCAUCUACAUUGGGUGUGCGUACGCCACAGUGUACCUGAUCUACAUGAAGUUUAAGGCGACUUACGACGGAAACCACGACACGUUCAGAGUGGAGUUCCUGGUCGUGCCUGUCGGUGGCCUGGCCUUCCUGGUUAACCACGACUUCUCCCCCCUGGAGAUUCUCUGGACGUUCUCCAUCUACUUGGAGUCGGUGGCAAUCCUGCCGCAGCUCUUCAUGAUCAGCAAGACCGGUGAAGCCGAGACCAUCACCACCCACUACCUGUUCUUCCUGGGACUCUACAGAGCCCUCUACCUCAUCAACUGGAUAUGGAGGUUCUACUUUGAGGGAUUCUUCGACAUGAUCGCCAUCGUGGCCGGUGUGGUGCAGACCAUCCUCUACUGCGACUUCUUCUAUUUGUAUGUAACAAAAGUACUCAAAGGAAAGAAGCUGAGUCUGCCAGCUUAAGUCAAAGAGGAGCAUUUUGGCAGACUCAUAGAGGGGCAUCGGAGGGGAGGAGGAGUGGUAGCGGACACCUCUGACAGCCCCCCUUCGCCCCCACACCUCCACCACCGCUUCCUCCUCUUCCCCUCCCGCCAGUGUAAGAUGCCUGAGACAGAGAGCGAACGGGAGCCGCUGGCUGCGCCUCCUUCUGAUCCCGACCCCAGUGGAGUCAGAACACCUGCAGAGGCUGGUCCAUGGCCUUUCGGAUUUCUGUUUGAUGCAUCUUGCCUUAACUUUUUUUUAUUACUCUGUAUAAAGGAAGAAAAAAAACCAACAAAAAAAAAAAACGUGAGAAAAGUUUUCUACAGCAAAAAUGCGUUCUCUGAAGAUUCGACACAAUAAGAGCUGAAGAUGUAAAAAUCGCCUCUGAUUUGGCACUGUAUGAUAUCCAAGUGGACUCCUUGUGGUGGGAUGUUAUUGACUCAAGCGUUUGUAAUAGUAUUUGCAAUCGAAAAUAAAUGUGCUUUGUUUUUUUUCCUGAAUCAAUUUUGGGGAGGAAUUUGUUGAAUCCUCAGAACUUUGGUGGUCAAAUUCUUUAUGUUUUGCUCUUCUUUUUUUCUUUUUUUUUUUGACCACUAUGCAUUCCCAUGUGUAAAGAGACCUGAUUUAGUUUCCUUUGCCCUUGGUAGAAUAUAAAUCGAAUGAAGAUGCCAUAAUUAACAUUCGUUUUUUUUAAAGGAAUUUUUUUUUCAAAUGCCUUCAGAAUUGACUGGUAUGAGUUGCUUUUGUGUGAAAGUAGAAGGGUUGAAACGGGACGCCAACAAUCUCACAUCACUGUAAAUGGCUUUCUGCAUUUGAAUACCCUUCUCAUUAUCCCUGAGGACAGUAUAUCACCUGUAAGUAUGCAUCACUGACCAGCCCAUCAUUUCAGAUGGCUCCUUUAAAUGUUUGAGAUGAGUGAAUUCACUGAUAAUGUGCAGGAUGUGAGUGAUAACAACAGAAGUCUUUCAUUUUUUUUCUUCAGGUGCAGAUGUUAUUUAUGUUUUUAACCUUCUUCCUGGUCUCCAUUAAACAGAGUUGCUAGUUGUGCGUAAUUUUAACAAUAAAAUUAAAUCUCUGUCGGAGAUGAGCACAAUCCUACAAACACUGUCACACUGAAUCUUCAGUAGUUCUUGAGACAUAUCGGCCUGCAAUUUAGUUUUUUAUGCAUCAUUCCGACUUUCAUUUUAAGUUCUUCCCAGAGCUUUUGCAUGAUGUUGCCACCACGAAUAAAGACUUUAUGGGAAA